CGUUAGCGAUGUUCAAUACCUAUUAUACAAAAUGCAUAUUAUUAUAUCUACGUAAUUUAUCACAUACGUAAGUCGUUUUACAGUAUGAGCUCAGUUUAAAUGUGACCACAACAACGUACUCAACUAUUACAUUGUUAAGAAACUGUACACAAUAUACACCCUAAUAUCCUAUAGUUGGCACGCUGCCAGCAACCAUGGUUAACGCCACUGUAACGUAUUAUUUGCUCGUCGCGGCCACCGUGACCGCGUCUUACAACGCGUCUGCGGCUCGCAUACUCGGAGUGUUCACGCACCACGGGUACAGCCAUCACAUGGUGUUCUUGCCUUACCUGCGGACACUGGCGGACCGCGGACACGACGUGCACGUUAUCAGCAACUUUGAUUCGUCGCACCCAAACAUUACUGAUAUCAGUGUCGCGGGCUCUAUGCCCAUGUUCAACAACAACGUCACUUUCCCGGACAAUGCCGGGCAGUUCGGCAUUGUCGGCGCGUUAACGGACAUGUUCGGACUGUACGGCUUAGCCAAGACAACGGAAGCCGUGUUCGAAGCACCGGCCGUCCGGAGUUUGCUCGAAGACCAGAACGCGUCAUUCGACUUGGUUAUCGCCGAACAUUUCAACAGCGAGCUGCCGCUUGGUUUCGCCGCCAAGUACCGCGCGCCGUUCAUUUUGCUCAGCAGCGGUCCGCUUGCGCCGUGGACCAUGUCCCUGGUCGGUCAGUCGCAACAGAUAGCGUACAGGCCGUCCAUGUUAAGCGGCCUGCCGGAGCGCAUGGACCUCGGCCAGCGACUGACCAACACGGCCGUAGCGGUCGUGUCCGAUGCCGUGUUUCGGUUGAUGAACCGGCCCUGGAGCCAACGGACGCUGAGAAAACGCUUGGGCCUAGACGUGUCCCUGGACGAACUGGCGUCCAACGUCAGUCUGGUGUUGGUCAACACACACUGGUCCUUAAACGGGGUAUCGCCGGCCAUGGCUGCUGUAAAGGAGAUCGGCGGGAUGCACGUCAUACCGCCUAAAAAACUGCCAGUCGACAUUCAGAAAUAUAUUGACGAAGCUGAGAAUGGAGUCAUUUAUUUCUGCAUGGGUAGUUUAUUAAGGGGUGAAACUUUUUCGGCCGAAAAAAGACAGAUGUUCUUAAAUGUCUUUAAUAAAAUUCCACAACGAGUUCUGUGGAAAUGGGAAGGUGACCUACCCGGAAAACCAUCCAAUGUAAUGAUUCGCAAAUGGAUGCCUCAACGAGAUAUUUUAGCCCACCCUAAUGUUAAACUAUUUAUAUCUCAUGGUGGCCUAUUGGGAACUACUGAAGCUGUGUAUGAAGGUGUUCCAAUAUUAUCAAUGCCAAUUUUUGGAGAUCAAAUGACAAAUAUCAAAGCUGUUGUAAGCAAAGGAGCUGCAGAGAUGAUGAAUUAUGGAGAUUUGAAUGAAGAUGAAAUUCUUAUAAAAAUAACAUCCAUGCUUACAAAUCCUAAAUACAGACUAAAGGCUAAAGAGUUAUCAGAAGCUUUUCGUGAUCGGCCUAUGUCUCCUUUAGAAACUGCAGUGUAUUGGACAGAAUAUGUCAUCCGACACAAAGGGGCGCCGGAACUUCGGUCUGCUGCCGUCGGUAUGCCGUGGUACCAAUACUAUUUAAUCGACGUACUAGUUGUAAUUUUCUUAGCUAUAACAACAAUUUUUGUAUUACUAUAUUGCUUAAUUUUUAAAGUUCUUUUAAGAUUGUUGAAUAGAAAAUUUAAACAGAAAAAAUCCUAAUAAUUAAGUGAAUUUGACUUAAGUAUUAUUAAUAAAAUAUACUAAAACCUUACCUUAACCAUAACCUUCUUAUUAUUAGUGCUAGAUUUAACAUAUUAUAUAUUAUGUACUAUACUGAAUUUUGAAAGUAGGAAGUUGGGAAAUAUUAUUAAAUUUCUACGUGUUUAAAAAGUUUACAAAUAUAAUUAUAAAAUAACCUAAAUAUAAAAGAUACGUUAUUAAGGUUUAAAUGUUUAGUGCUGUUUAACUGUACCUAUAACGUGGUUAUACAACUAUAUUAUGAACAAAAUAUUUAUAUUUUCUAUAGGUACCCAAAAAUCUUGUAACUAAUAAUUAUCUAUAGCUGUUAAUUUUUAUUAAUUUAUACUUGUCGACUAUCGUAGGUACACCGUUUAUCAGGGUGAAUAUUUUCAUAGCAUAAAUAGCUUAAAAUUGAUCUUCAUAUAAUUUUGGAAAUAUUGUGUAGGUAUACUUAGAUAUAGUAAAUUAGUAAAUAAUAAUGUAUACGAAAUCAAUAAUGGUUAAAAGUUUCAAGUCUUUACAAAUAAUAUGUUUCAAAUUACCAACAUCAAAAUAUUAGCUAUAUUUGUUAUUUUUGUUAAAAUAUUAUUAUUUUUUCAGUUUGUACUUUAUUAAAAUUAUUUAAAAAAAUAAAAUGAACAUGUAACUAUU